AUGGCUACAAGGCAACAAGCAUUAGAGGAGCAGAUGGCGAUCUUAUCUCUUUCGGUCCAAAAGACAACGAAAGGGAAUUCAGAAAAAAAUAAUGAAGAACAAGGCACGAUGUGGGCAUGGUGCCAAGAUACUCCAAGAUGGAAUUUCCCACUUAUGAUGCGGACCAACGAAGAAGACAAAGUCGGCUUAGCUUCAUUCCAUCUCUUAGGAGAAGCACAAUUGUGGUUUGAUCAAAUCGAGGAAGAGGAGACAAAUCUGGAUUGGGAGCGCUUUAGAGAGUGUUGUCAUGUCAGGUUUGGGCCACCUAUGAGUAAUAACCCCUUAGGGGAACUUGCAAACUUAAGACAAAUUGGGACGGUAGAAGAAUAUCAACGCCAAUUUCAAUCACUACAGGCUAAGACUACUGAUCUAAAACCUCGACAACAAGUAAACCUUUUUAUUGCCGGAUUGGUAGAGGAACUUAGAAUUGAUAUCGAGAUGCAACAACCGGGAAACCUUGGAGUUGCAAUGAAUAUGGCUCGAACUUUGGAACGUAAACAAAAAGUCUCUUCCAAGAUGUUAUCUCAAACCAAUCUAAACUGGUCAGCUUUCCAAAACGCUGGCAGCACUUCAAUUUCUCCAACAACUAAGAGCUUUGCAAAGGGAGGAGGACAAACAACGAAACCAAUGGGGAAUAACAGCAAAAUAGGCUCUUCCGCACCAUUUAUCAAAAGAUUGACACCAGCAGAUAUGGCGGAGAGAAGGGCCAAGGGAUUGUGUUAUAAUUGUGACGAGUCUUACUCCAUGGGGCACAAAUGUAAAAGGCUAUUUUGGAUAGAAGUACCAGAUAUUGAAGAUGAGCAAGAUGAUGAGGAUUCCAGCUCCUUAACUAUGCAAUUUGCAGUAAACAAGAAGAAGAUACUCUGGCAAGGGCAGCACCCAGAGGAAGUUCUACGACUUAGUUUGAUACAGGGACAGGAUUUAACUAAUAUAGUAUUAGAUAAACUACUGGUAGAAUUUGCGCAUUUAUUCCAAGAACCAUCUGGGUUACCUCCUAACCGCAAAUGUAACCAUCGUAUAACUCUCAAGCCAGGAACGGGACCAAUUGUAGUCAGGCCUUAUCGAUAUCCAUAUUUUCAAAAGGAUGAGAUUGAGAAGCAGUGUGAUCAAAUGUUACAACAAGGAAUCAUUCGACCCAGUAGAUCACCAUUCUCUUCUCUAGUACUAUUAGUAAAGAAGCAUGACGGGUCAUGGCGUUUUUGCAUCGAUUAUCGAGAGCUUAAUGCUUGCACUGUUAAAGAAAAAUAUCUGAUUCUUAUCGUGGAUGAAUUGUUGGACGAACUUCAUGGGGCAAAAUAUUUUACAAAAUUGGAUUUACGGUCGGGAUAUUUUCAAAUUAGAAUGGCAACCACUGAUGUAGAAAAGACAGCCUUCCGAACCCACCAUGGACACUUUGAGUUUCUUGUCAUGCCAUUCGGGCUUACCAAUGCCCCUUCCACAUUUCAGAGUUUGAUGAAUGACGUUUUCGCCCUUACUUGCGAUAAUAUGUUGUUAUUAAAGAAAUCCAAGUGUUUCUUUGGAGAGUCUCAGGUAACCUACCUCGGUCAUGUCAUCCAUGGUGAAGGGGUUGAGGUUGAUCACACUAAAAUUAAAGAUGUCACCGAUUGGCCAACUCCAAAAACUACCAAGGCUCUACGAGGCUUUCUUGGGUUGGCAGGAUGUUACAGAAAAUUCAUCAAGAAUUAUGGACAAGUGGCUGCACCCUCAACAUCUCUUCUAAAGAAAAAUGCCUUCAACUGGACUAAGGAAGCUGAUGUUGCUUUCACUCAAUUAAAAACUUCUCUUUCAGCAGCCCCAGUUUUGCAAUUACCCAACUUUGCGGAGGAAUUUGUGGUUGAAUGUGAUGCUUCGGACAGUGGGUUUGGAGCCGUACUGCAACAAAAAGGGACACCCUAUUGUCUUUUUUCAGUUGCAAGAUUGCAAAUCGACACCUUAAGUUGGCUGCCUACGAAGGUGAAAGUUGAGCAGUAUGCAGAUGCUUUAUCUAGAAAAGACGAAGACUUACCACACCUCAUGACUGUUUCAUUCCCUCAAGUUGAAAUUCUUAAAGCCAUCAAACGAGAAAUAGAAGCUUCCCCAGAAUUAUCACAACUCCAGUAA